AUGUAUAUUUCGUACAUGUAUAUUUUACAUUUAACUCUUAUAGAAGCAAUGACUAGUAUUUCUGUUUCACAGAAUCCAGGAAUAUGUUCAAAUGUGUAUGAUGGAGAACCUUUAGAGUGCUGUCCAAAUUAUCGACUAGUCGGAAGUUCUUGCAAAGAAUGUUUCGCCGGAUCUCGAGGAGUAAACUGUGCAAAAGAUUGUGCUAAGGGAUUCUAUGGAAGACUCUGUAGAGAGGAGUGUUCCUGUCAUCCAUGUGAUAAAGUCUACGGAUGUCAAAAUAUGUCAAGUGGGUACAAGUACAGUACAACUGCGGAACAAGAUAAGGGUCCGAUGAGGUAUCACUGGCUUUCAAUGUUAGCACUGUCAUCGGGUGGUUUUGCAAUUUGUUUCAUUUUAUGCCUUACAAUCGUUUGUAUAUUCAGAUGGAACAGGAAAACAAGGACUUUUUUUCUUCCCAAACACGGUACUCCAAAUGAUAAUCUCCCUGCCAUUCGUCGAUAUAAUCUAUUGCAGAGGUUAAGUAAAGUUGAAGCGUCUAGUGCAAAUAGUAAAGAAAAAGUUUAUCAAAUUAACAUUUGUCAAACAGUGGAUCCUUUUGUCAUGACAAAACAAAAUGGAACGAAAGACUUUCAAGAUGUCUAUUGUCAUAUUGACCCAAUGGAAGGAUGUUACAAUAUCCUUAAACUCAAAGUAUAGGAUGAAAAAAGAUGUAGCUCAUGUUUCAAAAUUUUGCGUAACUCAUCAAAAUGAAAAUUACUACAUAAAAGCAGAAAACACAAUAUCCACAAAAACAUCAA